CACAACAAACAAAGAAACACAGAGCUAGAGAAAGCAUUUUGUUAAAAGACUUAAUUUGAGACCAAAAAAAUGGCUGAUACUAAUGAGGAAAUGGGAGCCCCCUCCGUGGUAAAAGCUUCGUACUGGUACCCAGAUGGAGAGGACAAGGAUCCCGCAACCUCGGCCCAAACGAUUCCCUCAGCUCUCUUCACUCACCUUUUCUGCGCCUUCGCCGAUCUCGACGCUGACACCAACAAAGCUUUCAUCUCCGAAGUGCACGCACAGAGAUUUGCCACCUUCACUGAAACUGUCAAGAUACGAAACGACCAGGUGAAGACCCUCUUGUCGAUCGGCGGAAGACUUGGAAACAAUUCUGCGUUUGCGUCCAUGGCAAGUAAACAGCAGUCACGGAAAAAGUUCAUUGAUUCUUGGAUUUCGAUCGCUAGAUCAAACGGAUUCAAUGGUCUCGAUUUAGCCUGGGAGUACCCGAACAAUGAGACUGAGAUGACCGACUUUGGGGCCCUAGUUGGAGAAUUGCGAUAUGCGGUUGACGCCGAGCACAGACGCACCAGCAAACCGACUUUGCUGUUGACGGCUGCCGUUUACUACUCCUCGGUUUACAAGACUUUUACCUACCCGGUUAAAGUGAUGAAAGAUAACUUGGAUUGGGUUAAUAUUAUAGCCUAUGAACUUUACACACCGCUGUCGUACCCCCACUUUACCGCUCCACCCGCCGGUCUGCACGCUUUUUCUUUGGACGAAGAUCGAAGCGGCGACUCUGGUUUUAGAAAGUGGGUUGAGGACGGACUUCCCAAGAAUAAAGCAGUCUUUGGAUUUCCAUACGUUGGCUAUGCCUGGACUCUCCAAAACGAUAUGGAUAACGGCUAUCAUGCCGCCGCCUCCGGAGUAGCCAAACAUGAGGACGUAUCUGAGGAUGGUUCUAUAAACUAUGAUAAGAUACAGAAGUUCAUAACUGAUGAGAAAGCAGCACAUAAGUAUGACUCCCCAGUUGUCGGGAAUCAUUGUUUCGCCAACAAGAUUUGGAUUGCGUACGACGAUACUGAGAGUGUGACGGCCAAAGUGACAUACGCUAAGCAGAACGUUCUGCUUGGUUACUUUGCCUGGAACGUUGGAGCUGACGUUAACACUGUUCUAUCCACCGCAGCAUGGAAAGCAUGGUCUGGUUAAUUGACAACCAUAUCGGAUCGGAGGAGUUCCCACAACGAUAAGUGAAUGAAGAAAUAAAUAAAUAAAAGACGAGUGAAGAAUAAAACAUGUUUGCUUUAUGUUAUUGUAAGAUAAAAUAAAAUAAAACUUGUCUGUCUGCUUGUAUGUUGUUUUCUGUAACUAAAAAUAAUA